AUGGGGCCUGGCUACGAUGGAGCUCCUUUUGGAGACCCUGUCCAUGGUCGCCCAUCUGGAGAAGACCUGAACCCUCAGAUGGACCGGGACCUGGGGAACAGAAGCCCGGGUCUGCCACGGCCCAACGGUGGAGGAUACGGAGGCAUGCCUGGCAACAGGCCGCCUGCGUCGCCAGCUUUGAGUAUGGACGGUCGAGACCGCGAUGCCGACCUGAGACGGAGCGAAGAACGAAAUCGAUCUCGCCAGAGGGCCCCGCGAACAGCCAGCGGCCAGCUCCGAACCUGCAAGAAAUGUGGCGAACCCUUGACGGGACAGUUCGUUCGUGCACUUGACGGCACGUUCCAUUUGGACUGCUUUCGAUGUCGGGACUGUGGCCAAAUCGUAGCAUCAAAGUUCUUCCCUGCGGAUGACGAGAACGGCGAGGGGCAGUAUCCCCUCUGCGAAACCGACUAUUUCCGGCGCCUGGGACUGCUCUGCUACCAGUGUGGCGGAGCCCUGCGAGGGUCUUAUAUCACAGCUCUCGAGCGCAAGUAUCACGUUGACCACUUCACCUGCUCCCUCUGUCCCACCGUCUUUGGCGCUCAGGACAGCUAUUACGAACACGACGGCAAUGUCUACUGCCACUACCACUACUCCACUCAGUUCGCGCAGCGCUGCAACGGCUGCCAAACGGCAAUCUUAAAGCAGUUCGUUGAGAUUUUCCGCAACGGUCAGAAUCAACACUGGCAUCCCGAAUGCUACAUGAUACACAAAUUCUGGAACGUCCGCUUAACACAGCCAGACGAAACUCCGAAGCGGUCCAUCGAGCAGGACGAUGAGCAGGGACGGGAUAAUGUGCGUCUGGAAGAGGAGAGAAUGGAAGAGAAGGUCUACCGGAUAUGGAGUGUGCUCUCUACAUUUGAGGAGUCGUCCGCAGCCUGCAUUUCUGAUAUGCUCCUGCACGUCAGCAAUGGAUCGUAUAUCGAUGGAGUAAUGGUCGCACAAAGGUUCAUCUGGCAUGUCGACAUUCUCUUUCGCAGCGCCGAUAGACUGGAUGCUACCAUGGCCCAGCUAGACAUGAAAGGCCUCUCAUAUAGCCGCGAGGCAAAGCUUCUUUGCAAGAAAAUCGUCGCUUUCUUUUCGCUCCUGUCUAAGACACAGGACAAUGGUUCCCGCAAGCUCGGGGUGACACAAGAACUGCUGUCUUUGGUCACCGGACUUGCACAUUACCUCAAACUCCUCAUCCGGAUCUGUCUGCAGGGAGCUCUGCGGAUCGAGAAGGAGCGCAAUACUUCCGAGGGUCUCUAUCAGUUCCUCGAUAAUCUCGGUGAUCUUGAAACCCUCAAGAACGACAAUGGCCAGUUCCCGACUGGCAUGUCUCGCCUUUCGGCCAACGAUUCGGACCAAUGCACGCUCUGUCGCAAGCCGAUUGAGGACAGCUGUGCUAAGAACGGGGAUAGGAGGUGGCAUCUGUCUUGCUUGGGUUGUGCACGUUGCGGGAAAGAUUUGAGCCAAAAUGUUCAAGAUGCCCGGCUGAACACAUACGAUCUAAAGGUGCUUUGCAACAGCUGCCAGCCCUACAGCCCCGACAAUGCCCCGCCUUUCGAACGCAUCACGAAACUUCAACAGUAUGUCUUCCUGCUCAGGGUAGCACUGGCGAGGCUUCUUGAGAUUCUCCGCAACAGCGGCAUGCUGCCUCUCGCGUCUGACGACCCGAACUUUAAUGUUAAUGAUGCUACCGACGGCCAACGAGGCCUGGGAGAUGCGCCGCACCUUACGAGCGAGGCUCGAUCCAAGUCCUAUGCAGGGGAGAAGGAUCAUCAUCGUGAAUCAUCUUAUGAGAGCACUUUGAACGAUGUGCGGAGACUUCGAAGUACACGCUUGGACAAGCACCUGUCAUCCAGCUUUAGGAAAGCUAGGACCUCACGAAUCAUGGAUGGACCAGAGGGCUCGACCGCACGACCUGGUUCCGCUGGUGGCGAUGGUACGGGCCUCAACAAACCCGGCAUGCAGAUCGUGGAAGACCGGGGGCCAAACGACGAGGGGACCACGGAUAUGAUGUUUGGUAACGAGAAUGCGUUGACUCUGGAUGAUAUCCCACGCAUUGUGGCUGCAGAGCAGGCACGGGAGAAGCGACCAGCUGCGCGCCAAGAGCUCUUCCGGUCUCCUGCGACGGAGCCUUAUGUGGGCCCGACUGCAGACAAGUCGUACGCCCCGAGAGACAUGGACCCUCGCAUGGUUGGGGAACCGUCACCUCAGAGAGGCGGGCGCAAGUACUUCUCUGAGCUGUCCGGCUUGGAGUACUUCAUUGUUCGCCAUCUAUCAGUCCUGACGAUGCAGCCUACGAUCGAAUCGGAGUUCUCUCUGGAGGAGCUUCUCAGCUUCAUCGAAUCGCGCAAACCCGUUACGUUCUGGAACAAGUUCGGCAAAGCCUUCAAGAAUGAUGGGAAGAAGGGCACAAAGAAGAAAGGCAUCUUCGGGGUUCCCCUGGAGAUCAUUAUUGAGCGGGAUGGUGCGGACUCUACGGAUGGUGUCGGACCAGGCACCCUACGCAUCCCGGCCAUCAUCGAUGAUGUGGUCGCUACGAUGCGCGGCAUGGACCUGUCUGUCGAAGGUGUAUUCCGAAAGAACGGUAACAUCAAGAAGCUGACGGAGCUUUGCGAGAAGAUAGACCGGGAGGGCAUGGAGAAUGUCAACCUGGGCACCCAAAACGUUGUUCAAGUGGCAGCCUUGCUCAAACGCUACCUGCGCGACCUACCGGAUCCCCUGAUGACACACAAGCUCUACCGACUCUGGAUAGCGGCCGCUAAGAUCCAGGACGAGGAGAAGAGGCGGCAGACGCUCCACCUGACAUGCUGUCUCCUGCCGAAGUGUCAUCGCGACUGCCUGGAGAUCCUGUUCUGCUUCCUGAAAUGGGCUGGCUCCUUCCACCAGGUCGACGACGAAGCCGGUUCCAAGAUGGACAUCAAGAAUCUGGCGACGGUGAUUGCGCCCAACAUCCUUUACCAGGCUACCAAGACCGUAGCACUGGAUUCUGACCCGAUGUUUGCGAUUGUGGCUGUUGAGACACUGAUAAACCAUAUCGAGGAGAUGUGCCUGGUUCCUGAUGACCUCGUCGAUGUCCUGAAUGACCCCACGCUCUUCAGCAAUAAUGGUGAGAUCACGACCAAGGAAAUCCUCAAGCGCUUCGGUGACCGAUCCGCGAACGGAGGACGGUCGUACGGCGAUGUAGCCGAAAUCGUCAACAGACAUGAUCAGGCAAGCCGUCCCCACGCUAGGAGAGUGGAAACGGACCCGUCGGUCUGGCAAGACGAGCGCACUGUCCGGACGGUGCAGGAGCCACCCGCGCCAUAUGCGCAACAAGGCCCGGGAACCCCGCCUCCUAGAUGGAGGAACCCGGAUGAAGGCCAGCACUCGCCAUAUCAGCAGGAUUACGAGAUGACGGGCCAGCCGCCGAACGGGCCUCCUGACGGGAACCAGAGACGAGAGUGGAGGAAUUCUGGUUGGGGCAGGCAAGGUUCCGUCGGCGUCGGUGGGACUUGA